AUGGCAAGACGUUCGUACUUUGUCGCCCACGGCGGCGUCGUGCAGGGCGUUGGUUUCCGCUUCUUUGCCAAACAAAAGGCCCAAGAACACGGCAUCACAGGAUGGUGCCGCAACACGCCCGACAACAAGGUCGAGGGCGAGGCCCAAGGCGAGCACGACGCCCUGGAGACGUUCCUCAAGGAAGUCGGCCAGGGCCCGGCCCACGCCAAGGUUGUGCAGUUCACGACCGAGGACCGCGGCGUGGCGGAUGGCGAAUCGGGUUUCAGCGUUCGCCACUGA